AUGGAGGCCCCCAGCAGCAUAUCUUCUGAGUUCCCGUUCUUCACAAAUGGAGAUGUCACCCUGUUUAUCCCACCUGGCAAUUUCUACAAACUCCAUUCAGAUAUCCUGCGGCGCUGCUCAGGCUUCUUUGCUGAUGUCCUCACAGAGGAGAAUGCAGCAAAAUUAAAGAAAUCUGCUGAAAGGACUGGCAUCUACACACGCUACAGACUGGAUUUGAUGCCCUCUGCAGCGCAUCAUAAUGGCAUGUUCCAAAUGAAGAAGGUGGAUAGACAUGGGAGCGCUGUCAGUGAUAAGAAUAAGAACAAGGAAGGUUUGAUUGAGAGUUUCUACUUGAUCCCAGAAACAGCUUGCAGACACUGGAAGAACCUCCUCGGAGCAUUCUAUGGCCGCCUUCCAGAGAUCAAUGAGAACAAUCUGCAGACUGUGCUGCAGAGCUGCAUCGGCCUUAUAGACAUUACAGAGAGCAUCCGGGCAUCGUCCGCGAUCCGCCAGUCUGUUGACAUUGCGCUGCUCCGCCAGGGCCAGAUUCUUUUCCGUUCCAUUGCUGCCAGCCCUAUCGAAUGGGGCAAUCUCGCCAUCCGAAUCCACUCACCUUCUAUCUUCCGUGACGCUGUCAUCCACCUGGUUGGCAAAUGGAACCAGUUUACAGAAGAGGAUCGCAGGAGGUUGACAGGCAACCUGCGGGAGCUCUGUGAAAAGAAACACAAAGAGCUUCAGACGAGGAAGAAGGCCAUCGAGAUCGGGAUCCUGGGCCAUUAUCCUCAGUCUCUUUACCGUCGUGCUGGCAAGGACAAUAUCAGCCGCACUGCCUACUCCAACGAUAUCUACUGGUGGAUGGCCAUUUCUAUCUACCGCCAGUGGUUCUGCCAGGCUGUUUCAGAGGGACGGAAUCGCGUCGCCCCUGAUGGAGGAGCUGCCUUCUACCGUUCCAUUGGAAAGGCGGGCUCAGCGUACUUGGAUACCCAGGACUAUGCCAACUUCCACAAUCUCUUCCAGAUGAGCACCAAAGGCCGCACCAUUCUAUAUGACAAGCUCAGGCUGCUGAAGUUCGAAGUCAGAAAGUAUGUGAGCAGCCUGCUGGUCAAUCGGAGCCAGCUGGAUAUUGAAGCUGAGGGGGAGCUCCAGCACCUUACAUGCUGUGAAGUUACGUGGGCAGAUAUGCCAUGGGAGGCCUCCCUGACGGCGGAUACUGCAGCUGCAGAUCAUGCCUCAGAGGACUCUUCAGACAAUGAUAGUUCCUCAACAUCAGAUGUGAUGGAGGAGGAAGAAUAUGAUGCGGAUGAUUCCCUGGGUGAAUGA